AUGGACACUAAGGUAGAAUCCGCGGUUAUAGACUCCAUCAAAGAUGAGGUCCCUCCUGUGGACAAUUCUCUGGCGUCAUAUCUACCAAGAGUCGACCAAUUUUACAUUCCGGAAUGGUUAACCAUGCAAUUCAUCGCAAAUAAUCUAAUGAGUUUCACCCCUCUAUUCUCUUAUGGUACCACUAUAAUAAGUAUAGAACGUUGCCAAACGGCGCUUGGGUUCUCCAUCGAUAUCUGUGCCACCAUGUUAAUCGCAUCCAUCUUAAGAAUUUCCUACUAUCUAAUCACUCCAUAUGAAAUAACUUUAUUGAGACAAUCAUUGGUAAUGAUCUUUAUACAACUGAUUCUACUGAGGACAAGUCUGAAAUAUAGACCAGAUGAAUACAUCUAUGAAAAUUUGAAAAAUGUUGAAUCAUUUGCAGAAUUGAUGGAAGACGUUUGGCUCGAUUUCUAUAAAGAUGAAUUCUCAUUGAAAAAUUUCAGCAUCUUAGUUUACAGAUUGAUACUAGUGUUCGUUUACAAAUUUUUAAAAUUCUUCGACCCAAAUUAUAAACGUUUCUGUAAAUUUUGGCAAUGGCAAAAUGAUACAAUAUUUUGGAAAUUUUUAGCAUAUUUUGCCACCUUACAAAUCUUCAUCACUUUCAUAAUCUCCAAAGUCUUAAAUUGGGACGAAUUGGCACAAUGGUUAGGCUCCCUUAUCGGCUCCCUGGGCCUUCUAGUGGAAUCCCUGUUGCCAUUACCUCAAAUUGCAAUUCUUUACAAAUUGAAAUCAGUCCAAGGCUUCAAAUUGAUCCUACUGGUAAGCUGGCUCUGUGGUGAUACUUUAAAAAUCACAUAUCUGGUAUUUGGUGCCAAGAACAUCUCUAUUCUGUUCUUCCUUUUUGCGUUUUUCCAAAUGUCUCUGGAUUUCUACAUUGGAGGUCAAUAUAUCUACUACAAAUACUACUACGACGAUCUGAGACAUCAUUCACAAGAUAUAGAAAUGGAUACAAUGAGCAUCGGAAACGAAAACAGAGAAUACACGCCAAACAUGAACCAAGAUACUCAUUCAAGAUCGAGGACUAUUACCGUAUAA